AUGGCUACUCAAACGAUUAGUACCACUGGUAGAGAAGAGCUUGUAGUCUCGACUACUGGGUCUAGCAAUGGAACUGUGGAGCUCAGUUAUACUCCUGAACUCGAACGUAAUGUUCGAGCCUUGAAUCAUGAUAAUAUCAGUGAGCACUUCCCAGAUGUAUUCCCUAUUUCUGGACUUGGUUCUGGAAGCUCGUCUGCUUCAGAUAACGACCGUGAUCUUUUUGCUGGUCAUGAUGAAGAACAGAUCAAACUCAUGGAUGAAGUAUGCAUUGUUUUGGACUGGAAUGAUAAACCUAUUGGUGGAGCCAGCAAGAAAACGUGCCAUUUGAUGAGUAACAUCGACAAGGGUCUAUUACACCGGGCAUUCUCUGUAUUUCUGUUUAAUUCAAAGGGAGAACUGCUUCUUCAACAAAGAGCUGACGAAAAAAUCACAUUCCCCAGCCUGUGGACUAAUACCUGUUGCUCUCACCCUCUAGCAGUUCCUUCAGAGUUGGGUCAUGAUCUGCCCACUUCGAUUGCUGGUGUCAAGCAGGCUGCUCAAAGAAAGCUGGAUCAAGAGCUUGGUAUCAAGCCUGAAUAUGUAAGUUGA